AUGGCACCAUUCUUGGAUGUGGACUAUGUUACCGAGUGCGGCACAACUCCUGCUUCCAAGCAUACCAGGAUGGACGGUUCGACGCCUCCCGACAGUGUUCAAGGCGAGCUUGACGACAUUGCUGUUGUGGGCAUGGCAUGUCGCGUCGCUGGCGAUAACGACACUCCAGAAAAGCUCUGGCAGUCUCUGUUGAAUAAACAGGUUGCGUCUUCGGAGAUGCCUGCAAUGCGAUGGGAGCCGUAUUAUCGUCGAGAUUCUCGGAAUGCCAAAGUACUCAAUAACACCACCCAACGAGGAUAUUUCGUCAAGGACGUUGAAAACUUUGACAGCACAUUCUUCGGCAUUUCUCCCAAGGAAGCAGUCUUGAUGGACCCUCAACAGAGGAUUACAGUUGAAGUGACGUGGGAAGCCCUGGAAGACGCAGGUAUUCCACCUAGCAGUCUUGCUGGAUCCAACACCGCUGUGUUCAUGGGCGUCAAUUCGGACGACUAUGGAAAGCUGUUACUUGAGGACAUUCCGGGUGUAGAAGCCUGGAUGGGCAUUGGAACCGCAUAUUGUGGUAUUCCGAAUCGCAUCUCCUACUUGCUCGACCUCCGAGGGCCAUCUACUGCGCUGGAUGCUGCCUGCGCGUCAUCCUUGGUAGCCGUUCACCACGGAAGGCAAUCUCUACUGACGGGAGAAACCGAUGUUGCCAUUGUUGGCGGCGUCAAUGUGCUCGCCGGGCCUGGGCUUACACGUGUGCUGGACAUAGCUGGCGCCACUUCUAAGGAUGGAGUAUGCCGCUCCUUCGACAACGAUGCCAACGGUUAUGGUCGUGGAGAGGGUGCAUCUGUUAUUAUUCUCAAGCGUAUGUCGGAUGCCAUCCAUGACAACGACAGGAUCUUGGCCCUCGUCAAGGGCUCCGCGGUUGGCCAAGAUGGCCGCACCAACGGUAUCAUGGCUCCAAACGGAGACGCCCAAGAGUCAGUCGCCCGCACUGCCCUGGGUGGCAUCGACCCUUCAACAAUCCAGUACGUCGAGGCGCACGCAACAAGUACUUCUGUCGGUGACCCCGUGGAGAUCAAGGCCAUGUCAAAGGUCUAUGGUGCCAACAGAAAAGCCACUUCACCCUGCUAUAUCGGAAGCAUAAAACCAAACAUUGGCCAUCUCGAGGCUGGCGCCGGCGCAAUGGGUUUCAUGAAGGCGGUCAUGGCAGUCAGGAAUGGAGUUAUUCCACCACAAGCCAACUUGAAAAGUCUCAACCAGAAGAUAGACUGGACGACCUGCGGCAUCAAGGUUCCCUUUGAAUCCACUCAGUGGCCAGAUACACGGACCACGCGAAGAGCCGCCAUUUGCUCGUAUGGCUAUGGCGGCACCGUAUCCCAUGCUGUCAUCGAGGCAGCUCCCAUGGGCGACAAUUCCCCCGCAGAAAUGGACAAUGGAGACCACGCACCCACUGUGCUACUGCUAUCAGCACCGCAAGAGAAACGACUCCCCGCAGAUGCCGUGACUCUUGGAACUUGGAUGGCUGGUGAUGGCAAAGGAACAUCUCUUUCUUCCAUUGCUUCUACCAUGGCCACCCGACGAGCGCAACACGACUGCAGAGCAGCUUUUAUCAUUGAUAGCCAUGCAAAAGCAGCCGAGCUCAGCGAGAAACUCGCCACCGGCGGUAACUCUGCAGAUAUCAUUACUGGCCGCAUCCUUGGCAAAAACGAGAACACUGGAGCUGUUUGGCUGUUUUCAGGUCACGGCGCGCAAUGGCUUGCCAUGGGGAAAGAAUUGCUCGCUAACGAGCCUCUGCUCCUGGAGACGGUUGAGUUCCUUGAACCGAUUAUCCAGGAAGAGGCCGGAUUCUCUGCCUUGGAGGCCUUGACCCACGAAGACUUCAAAUCUUCGGACAAGGUGCAGAUCCUGACUUUCGUCAUGCAGGUCGGUCUAGCGACCAUUCUUGCCUCGAAGGGAGCCCGACCGAGCGCAGUUGUCGGCCACUCUCUCGGAGAAAUUGCAGCAGCUGUUGUUGCUGGAGCUCUCACCAUCGCAGAAGGUGCUCUGGUCGUCUGCAGACGUGCCGUCCUUUAUCGUCAGGUCAUGGGACAGGGCGCCAUGGUGCUUGUUAACAUGCCUUUCGCCCAGAUGACAGAGACACUGGGGGAUCGAUCAGACAUCACAGCCUCCAUCGAAUCAUCUCCUAGCUCUUGCGUCGUCUCAGGCACGAUCGGUGCCAUUAAGGAGUUUUCCACCAAAUGGGAAGAUGCUGGCCACAAGGUACUCAAAGUCAACUCCGACGUCGCUUUUCACAGCCCCCUGCUCAAUGUUCUCACCAAGCCGCUGUAUGCUUCGCUGUGUGGUGUGCUCAACCCGAAGGUGCCUACUGUUCCUUUGUACACAACGACAUUGGAAGAUGCACGCGAACAGGCUCCACGAGACGCGCACUACUGGGUUCAAAACAUGCUGAAACCAGUGCUACUCAAUGCUGCCAUGAAGGUCGCGGCUGAAGAUGGAUACCGCAUCUUCCUUGAGGUCUCCACUCACCCUGUCAUUUCACAUUCAGUCACCGAAACACUGAUGGACAUGGGCAUCGAAGACCAUGCGGUGAUCCCUACCCUCCUGCGCAACAAGCCUGCCCAGCGAGCCAUCCUGAAGAGCCUCGCCACUAUGUGGUGCAGAGGUGUAGCUGUGGACUGGAACAUGCUGUUCCCCGGCGUGAACUGGGCGGAUAAUGUGCCUAAGACGAAGUGGCGACACCAGGCCUUCUGGAAGAACAUCGGAACUGGCCCUGCUAACUCGGCCAUAACUCACGAUGUUGACACCCACACACUACUCGGUCAGCAGAUUCCCGUGGCUGGAGAAAGCACUACCCUCUUCACCACCAAAUUGGACGACAAUACCAAGCCUUUCCCUGGUAGUCAUCCCCUUCAUGGAACCGAGAUUAUCCCUGCAGCCGUCUUGUUCAACACUUUCUUCCAUGCCACUGGCGCCAAGUCAUUGAACAACGUUAACUUGCGCGUGCCCGUUGCAAUCAGCGCACCCAGAGACAUUCAAGUCGUUGCCCAAGGUGGCGAGGUUCGUCUCAUGUCUCGUCUUAUCGAGGCCAGCGAAGAUACACAGGUCAAGCGCAACGCAUCCUGGCUGACUCACACUACCGCCAAUGCUGUUACUCAAUCAUAUAGUGACAGCCCGAACUGUGGAGUCGACAUCGAUCUUGCCAGCAUUCAGGCUCGGCUGAAUGUCGAACUCAAGCCAUCCUUCUCCAUUGAUUACCUUGCCGGUGUCGGUGUCCCCGCGAUGGGUUUUCCCUGGGCUGUCACCAAGCACGUUGGUAACAAUAAGGAGAUGCUUGCACGUGUGGACGUGUCCCCAGCAACCGCUGCAAAUGCCUCCCUGCCAUGGAGUGCCACCUCCUGGGCACCCGUCUUCGAUGCGGCAACGUCAAUUGGGUCCACCCUGUUUUACGAAACACCACGUCUAAGGAUGCCUGCUCAAGUUGCAAGCACAGUCGUCUACGAAGGUGCAGCUCCACCGAAGAUUGCUUACAUAUACGUGCAAGAUGCCAGCACAAGCAAGACCAGCCUUGCGGUUGACGUGACCAUCACCAACGAAGCCGGUAAAGCACUUGCCAAAUUCAUUUCGAUGCGAUUCUCCGAAAUCGAAGGCACCCCCGGAGCCAAAGACAAUGCCGAUGGGCUAGUCCACCAGCUUGCCUGGCCGCCUGCUCGUCUUUCCGAGACUCCAUCUUUAUUGAAGCAUGUCGUGUUGGUUAGCAGCGAAAACAAUCCCUUGAUGAGGGACUACACGACGCAGCUCGCCCAGCGACACGUUAAGACUUCCUGCAUCGGAUCUGCAGAAGGCUUGUCAAGUGCCUUACUACAAGGCGGUUCCGAGGGCACUAUCAUCAUGUAUCUGCCCGAACAAGUUGAGUCUAUGGACGCUGUCUCCGCUAUGGCAAACACUUAUUGCAAGAAUCUCUUGGACGUCGUCAAGUACGUGGCUGCUAGCGGCGCUGACCUCCGAGUCUUUGCAGUAACGCUGGGUGCGCUAACCGGCAGUGCCACACCCACCGCACUCGCACACUCCCCACUCGUUGGACUUGGCCGCAUUAUUGCUGCUGAGCAGCCGGCGCUUUGGGGAGCAUUGAUUGAUGUCGACUCUACCGCAUUUCCCGUUCAGGCCGUCAAGUACAUCUCGGGUGCAGAUGUCAUCAAGAUGGAAGACACCAUCGCGAAGGUGAAUCGUCUACGACCCAUGCCGCAGGAUCGGCUCUACCCACUGGACAAGCAGAACCAGCUGCACCCCCGCGCAGAGGGUACUUAUAUCAUCUCCGGCGGCCUGGGCUCGCUUGGUCGUGAAGUUGCUGACUUCUUGGUGGAGCGUGGUGCGCGAAGAAUCGUCCUUCUUUCCCGUCGAGCUCUGCCACCACGGAUCGAGUGGGCUUCCCAAACAGGCGAGCUCCUGGAAUCUGUCCAGAAGAUCCAGUUGUUAGAACAGGCCGGCGCAACCGUCUUCAGUGUCGCUAUCGAUCUCGGCGCACCCGAUGCCGCCGCUUCACUCUUGGCGAAACUCGACAUGCUCUCCCUUCCUCCUGUCCUAGGCGUUGUCCACGCUGCGGGGGUGUUAGAAGAUCAGCUUGUCCUAUCAGCCACUGAGGACUCCUUCAACCGCGUUCUUGCUCCCAAGGUGACCGGUGCGCUUGCUCUUCACAAAGCAUUCCCUCCAACAACCGUCGACUUCUUCAUGCUCUUUUCCUCGUGCGGUCAACUCUUCGGUUUCCCCGGCCAAGCCUCCUACGCCUCCGGCAAUGCCUUCCUUGACAGCCUAGCCGACCACCGUCGUGGCCUCGGUGAUAAUGCCGUCGCUCUCCAAUGGACUAGCUGGCGGGGCAUGGGCAUGGCAUCGAGCACAGAUUUUAUCGAGGCCGAACUCGAGAGCAAGGGCAUUACAAGCAUUACUCGCGACGAGGCCUUCCGUGCUUGGGAUCACGUUGCCAAAUAUGACAUGUCACAUGGCGUUGUCUUGCGCAGUCGUGUUCUGGAGCCCAAUGAACCCCUCCCGAUGGAUAUCCUGGAAGAGAUCGCCAUUCGUCGCUCCUCGGCGCCUUCUGAAGGCGGAGCAAACAACAACGCAGAAGCUGGCACUUCUGUAUCAUCCUCCUCCUCCAAAGAAACCAUCCCUCCAGCCGGUCCCGAACGAAAUGCAUACUUAACCACCAAGAUCUCAGAAUGCGUCGCUUCCGUGCUGGAUCUGCCGGACGUAGGGGAUGUGGACCCCAAGGUUGCCCUGCCGGAGUUGGGCAUGGAUUCCGUCAUGACGGUCGCGUUGAGGAGGCAGCUUCAGACCAGUCUCGGAGUCAAGGUGCCGCCUACAUUGGUGUGGGGUCAUCCUACAGUCAGCCAUUUGGUCAAGUGGUUUGCCGACAAGGUGGGUGCUUGA